AUGUUCGUCACAUCAUCUUUGUUCAUUUUCUGUUUGACAGCCUUAGAGCUUUGGGGAUUAAUAACUGGGAUAACAAAUUUAAGCAUCAUCAUGGAGAAUACUUCGCCAUUACUGGCGAAUAGCUCCGUCAUCAUGAAAUUCAUUAACUGUGUGUACACUAAUAACAAAAUGAAAGAGUUUUUGGAGGAAAUCGAGGAGACUUGGAAGAUAAAACAUGGACCAGAAAAAAUAUUACAGAAUUACGCAGAGGAAAGCAAAACCUUCUCGAUACGAUACGCAUUUGUUCUUUACAUGACGUGGAUCUUUUAUUGUAUGACAUCGGUCGUCAUUACCGGAAUAUACACGCUUUUACCGACGAACGAAACAUACUCGGCCAGAUUUCUAUUUCGUUUAGAACAUGUUCUUGAUGUGGACAAGUAUUUCAAUCUUUUGAUGCUGGUUGCGUUUAUCAGCGUAUUCUACAUCAUGUCCGUGCCAAUAGCUAUCGAUUCCAUGUUCAUAUUUUGCACUUAUCAUGUCUGUGCAUUAUUUGAAUGUAUACG